AUGUCCAUCAUCCAGCAACACACGUCCGCCACGCUCAGCGAUGCCUGGCGGACCAUCAACAUCGACGCUCUGCAAGAGGACUCGGCUUGUAACUUUGACACGUCAACGCUGCGCCCGCCACAGCCUGAGAUUGGCGAGGACGAGGUGCGGCAGCUCGCCGGCCAGGUGCGGCAGCUGCUCCGUGGCGGUGACGCCGAGGGUGCAUUGAGGGGGUGCUUGGAGUUUCCCGUCUACAACGGUCCCGAUGCCGCCAAGGACGCCCACCUCCAGACCAUCACCGAGGUUCUCCAGUCCAUCAAGGCCUCGGAGAUGACGCCCCUCCUCAAGGCUAUCUACGGCUCGGCUGGCGGCCCCGAGCUGCUCGACGUCCUCAUGAAGUACAUCUACAAGGGCAUGGCGGGAUCCGCGGCCGGCUCUGGCGGCCUGAAAUCGCCGCCACCGCAGGCCGCCCCCACGGGCUUCAGCCAGAUGGGCGGCCGACCGGGAGCCACGAACGAGAGCGUGGGUAGCGCAAUGAGCGUGCUGCUCAGCUGGCACGAGAAGGUUGUCGACGUGGCUGGCUUGGGUACCAUUGGCCGUGUCAUGACUGACUGGAGAAGGGUUUAA